AUGCAAACCGAUUUGAAGCAACUGAAGCAUCUGCUAUCCCAAGGCGUCGACGAAGCGGUCUCGGUGAGUGGUCGUGCACCAAAUGAACUCACUCGGGCGUUCAUCCCGCGCGCCACUGGGCACGCGUCGCACCCGAGACCCGUUCACGCGCACCGUGGGCUGACGUCGACGGCUCGCUCUCGAGCGUCUUGGGGAUGGAAUCUGCUGCACUCUAGGUCAACCAAAGGGCUUUGAUCGAAAAGAUCCUCGCCCGGUACAGCGGGGAACAGACUGGUCAGUACUGAACGCUCGCCGUCGAACGGCAAUGCUCUGCUCCGAGCUCGCCAAGGCGGUCACUUCCUUUGCGCACGCACCUUCUCGUCCUGACCUUUGUGGUUAUGCUACUCCAGUAUUUCGGGAACUACUGCAAAACAGUGAUGACGCGGGCGCAAGCCACGUCGAGAUACAUUUCCGUACGACCGUCGACCCGGCCUCGGCGACGACCCUCCAUUCCUCCGACCAGGCGACCGGCGGCUUGCCCAACCUCAAGAAACACAAGCUCGCGCAGAUCGUCGUCAGGAACGAUGGGCAGGUAUUCCGUGACGAGGAUUGGAUGAGGUUGAAAAAGAUCGCCGAGGGGAAUCCGGAUGAGAGCAAGAUUGGUGCGUUUUUAGUGAGCUCGGAGGCAGCCUUGCUGGCUCAUCCUCAACUUUCUCCCGACUUGGUCUUGCUUCCGCCUUCAUGUGACAGGCGCUUUCGGUGUCGGCUUCUACUCGCUCUUCUCCAUCUGCGACGAGCCUCUCGUCUCCUCGGGAGAGAAAGUCAUGCUCUUCUUCUGGAAAGACGGAGGCGAUCAACUCUACGUCAAGACGGCGGUAGACCCCAGCGGCUUGAACCACUGCUCCUCCGAAGGGCAUCCCUGGUCCACGUUCUCCAUGGAUCUUCGGGAACCCGAGCCGAUGCCGGACCCGCUCGUGUUUGCUCGCUUCCUGACGACCUGUCUCGCGUUCACCACCAAGAUCCGCCACGUCUCGAUGCACUUUGACGGCCAUGUCUUGUUCCGCGUCACCAAAACCUUGGCACCUUCGAGACCGAUACCCCUUCGCUCCCACCUUGCAGCAACCUCGCCCCUCAAGAUCCUGCACCUCACUCGUAUCGACGAGGCACCAGUGCAACUCAAGGUCGAUGUCUCUCGAUGGCUGUUGUGCUACGCGGUGCAGCCGAAAGCGCCAACCCCGUCGUUCGCCUCGGCCCCCGCAGCUGCAGCUUCAUCUUUCGCUUCCAAAAUGCUCGCUGCCUUCACAUCAAAGUCAAGUGCCACUCCGGCUCCGGCUUCCGUGCCCACCGCUUCGUCCUCCGCCGCCACGCCGAUACAGGACCCUUUCACUCUGCUGGCGGUGUCGCUGUUCCUGAGGACGGUUUCAUCGACCUUGCGCGUCACUCCGACGAGACAAUUCAGCACUGAAAUGCUACGAGCAACCAAGAAAGGCUUACCAUCAACGACGGUCUAUUCGCUGAUCUGGACCGGCAAAGACGAGUUCGACGCCUCGCAAGCCGGAAAAGAGGCGGUGGCGACGACCGAAGAGAAAAAUGCGCGUCAGGUGUUUGCCGGCCUAUUGUCCAAUCUCGAGUCCAGUGGCCGCGUCUUCAUUGGGUUCCCGACGUUCCAGACUACCGGAUGCGCGUCCAGCAUCGCGGCGAGGUUCGUGUCGACGGUCGAGAGGGAGUCGCUGGAUUUCCAGGCGAAAUACGUCGCUGAUUGGAAUCGCGAAUUACUCGCGAUGGGCGGCGUAUUGGCGCGGACCGUGUUUGAAGAGGAGAUGUCUGAGAUCGCACGCCUGUACACGGCCAAGAUCGACGACGAGCAGAAAAAGCGGUUGCAAGAGAGGGCCUUACACUUGAUGCGCUUCUUCACUUACACCCCUUCGACACCGCAAGAGAUCGUUUCGACGCUGACCGAGGCUGCGUUCUUCCAAUCCAACGCCAACACAUCGAUCACGCUCAUUUCUCAGCUGGGUCCGACACCGGCGUCCAAAGUGCGAUUACCCAACCCGGCCUUGACGUUCAUCAAGGGUAUUCCGGUUGUGCCCGAAUUGGUUUCGUCCGGGGCUCCACGUUUGAUGGGCAUCUUGCACGAAAAAGGUUUGGUCAAGGACAUCAGCCUCGAGGACAUCUUGAACGACCUCGCGACCCACCCUCUCACGAUCGCCGAAGCGGGCGACGCCUUCAGAUGGUGGCUGUCCCUCGCGGCGAAUCGAUCCUACUCUCCCUCCUUACUGGCUCGACUUAAAGAUUCGGCGAUGUUGUCUCUGCGUGAUCGGACGACUGAAGAGGAGAGAAUCCUACCCCUUUCGGCAUUCAAGACGUACCUCAACCCCCAGACGAUCACACCCGAUCUUCCUCUGCCCGAUCACACGCUGCCGUUCGAGUUAACGCGAAGGUUUCAAGGUGCAGAUCUGGCAAGGGUGUUUGAGUUUACGGAGUUGACUUCGUUGGAUUGGGCACGUCAUGUUGUCUCGCCGGCGUGUACGGGUGCAAAAACAUCCGCCGAAACGAAUGUGCUGGUUUCGCCUCCGUUCGCUGAAAAGGUAAGGACCUUGACAGAGGCAGCAUUGGCCUUGAAGAGAGUGUAAAUAGCUCACCCAGCCCCAUUGCGGAUUCCUUCCUUUUGCAGUUCUUAAUGACCAUAUCCCGAGGUUGGUCAACACUAUCGACGUCUCGGCAACACGAGCUGUCGACUCUGAUGGCUCCGCUGCGCUUUAUGCCGACUCGUCAGGGCCAGAAACUAGCCAGCGAGAGUUACUUUCCCUCCGUUGUUCUCUUCGAGGACCUUCCCAUCGUCACUCUUCCGAGCGGGACGGCCGUCAAAGGAGCGUUGGAGAAGGUCUUGCUCGCUCUAGGCGUUCGUCGUCACGUCGAACUCCAGCUCGUCUUCACUCGCUUACUGGGAGCCGAAGGAGGGUGGUCCCACGUCGAUGUAGUGAGAUACCUCGUCAGCGUGUCCGCGACGCUGACGGCGAAUGAGUUAGAUCGGUUGAGGAAGACGGCUUGGCUACCCCAAGAAGGCGAAGCACCGAUCAUCUCGGCCCCUGACGCAGAGGGCCAAAUUGGAAAGACCAAGACUGUGCGCCAUAUGGCUGCAACGCUCUAUGAGCCGACCGAGGCGCAUCGCAGAUUGGUUCUACCUCUCCUUGAUUGGACCAAGUCCCUGAUGGAAUGGAGGUCGUCGUCGGAAGAGGCAAAGCUGAUGUUCUCGCUCGGGUUGCUCAAGGCGCCUGCGGUGGCCGAGCUGCUCAAGAUCGCGGCAAACAGUGAGGACGCAUCGAGGCAGCGGGCCGCUUUCGAGUACUUUCUCGAGCAGUACGCGACGGCAGGAUUCGCGGCGACCUACCUUCCUUCGAAACAUGCUUUGCCGUUCGUCCCCGCCAUCAAGGAUGGCAAGAGGAUAUUUGGGAAGCCACACGACGUCUACUCGAACGUCGACUGCGCGUGUUUGGGCUUCGCGGUCCUCGAUGAGCAAUACCAACACGAAGCGGCCAAGCUUAAGGUCGCUCGAGACCCACCAGCGAGAGACCUCGUUUCGGCGAUCCUGCUCUCACCUCCCAAGACGCUGGAGAAGGCCCGACAGACGUUCGCCUACCUCUCGUCCUGCGUGUCGAACUUUGGUUCGGAUGAGCUCUCGACCCUCGAACGAGCCAACAUCAUCCCCAUCGGGGGAAACCUCGUCUCACCUUCGACUUGCUUUUUCGAGACCGAGCAGGCUCUCCCUCCCGGUCUCAAGACCUUGUUCAUCGUGAUCCCCGACUUUGGGCUCAACGCGCGUCCUUUCUUGGUCACGAUCGGGGUCAAGGCUUCUCCGAGUAUGAACGAGAUUGCGGCGAUGUUGAUCGCCGAUCCUGAUCGCUUCCUUGAUCUCUCUGGUUCCUCGGAACGCUACCUCUCCCUCUUGCGAAUGGUUGCAGCGAGCUUCCAAUCGCUGCCUUUCACCCUCAAGUCUCGAGCACGCAUGUCGGCUUUCUUCCUCGGCACCAAAAGGGUCGCGACGGGGAGUCACGGCGGUCCCAACCAGCCGACUUUGCUCGAUGACGACAGCGACGACGAAGACGGAGGCCGAUACGGUUCGGCCUUGACGUACCAACUGUCGCGAGCGAGCGAUCUGGCGAUCAACGACGACCCGCAAUCGUUCCGCGUCUUCCAAGCGGACGUGUGGUCCUGUCCGCAAGAGGACGCCCUCGAAGCCUUGGCCGAAGGGCUAGGCGCUUCGAGGAUUUCGAAACUCGUUGCGGAAGGGUACCGAAGUUCGGGCGAAGCGGAUCCGAACUCGAAGCGUGCCCAUGAGCUUCAUGGCAUCGUCGUCGAAAGGACGUUUCUCUUCUUGUCCGAACGGAAACAACAAUACGGGAAGGGGGAGCUUCGACAUGAUCCGGACUGGAUCCAAUCCGGUGGUGGUAAGCAUUUACAGGUCAUCGAAGUACGGUCCAUUGAGCUGGUCCGGACUUUGAGCGUCGGGCGGACGACAAAGCGACAUUCGCAGGCGGCAAGUGCUUUCGCAAAGGCCUCGAGCCAAGGGGACUUGCUGCUCUACAUCGCUGGAGAUGUUGAGUUGGACUAUUACGAGGUGAGAUAGUCUGGGCCCCAGUCGAAAUGCGCCUUGUGCUGACUGACAAGGGGUUUGGAAAGGUCGCUACGGCACUCUGUCGACUAUUGCUGUCCAAGCAACGAGCCAACGACACGCUGCUCUACAUGACGAUCCUGUCGACGCCUCUCAAAGCGCUUCGACGCCGCGGCUUCAACGUCGACCGCAUCGUUAACGCCCGAAAAGCCGAACGCGAAGCCGCGGACCUACGUAUGCGAGAGGAACGAGCUCGAGCUCAACUCGAUGCCGCAAGGACCGCCGAAGAAGUCAAGCAGUUGGAACAACUUUUCCCAGACGCGGACCCCGCCUUCCUGAGCCAGCUCUUGCUACAGCAAGCCCCACCCAAGGUCGAGAACGCGGUCAAUGCUCUUCUUACAUCGUCCGGCUACCCCAGACGAUCGGACUCCAAGGAGAGGGGUACACUUGCACCCAAUCCGGGCACGGGGAUAGGCGCCACUGGCCCCGCGGCGCAGAACUCUCUCGCAGCCCUGAAACAACAAGCCUUGGGUGAUUCCGGAAGCCCAGGUCGAUCUCCGUCUCCGGCACCUUCUUCUUCGCCCAGCAUUCCUUCCUCCAACGACAAGGGUCUGUUCUCCAAAAUGAAGAGUUCCCUCAGUCGAUCGAGCAUGAGCAAUGGGGCUGGCUCGAUCGCUUCGGUGCCUCGUUCCUCGUCGUCAUCGUCAUUGACUGGGGAUCAACCUCCGAGGCUUCCCAGGCCUUCGACGUCGGGUACCUCGACUGCAGGUUCUACACCGAGCUCAACGGAUGCGAUUCGCUCCAACGUUCGGAAAGCUAUACAGGUGCGUACCGUACACGAGGAGAACUAUGCCGCAGUCGCCCAGAGUUCAGAGACCACAGUGGGACUGAUUUAGUGUUGAGUGUGUGCAUGACUACAGGCUUCGCGGCCUGAACACGGCUCCUCGGUCUCGAAUGGGAUUGACAAGACGUCGGUCAAAGAAUCGGAACAGUCGUAUUGCGACGCUACGGCUGGAACCAAUCUCGUAUCGAUGGGGGAUGUCGCCGGGCUCAAGUUCUUUAUCGAUCGCACGGUGGCGGAUCCGUGAGUCAACGAGCUUCUGGUACUAAUUCCACGAACACUUGGGCUGACUCUUCCCGUGGUCGGAGUUGAAAUGUCUGAUUUAGCCGAACUUUCGUCCGCGACCACGUCCACUCGAUCGACCGCUUCAUUCGACUCAUCGUCCUCCCUGUAGGCGAAGUCCUCACGCUCGACCAUCGCGCCCUCCACAUCUUCUUCGACAGCACAGGACCCUUGAUCGCCUUUAAUCGCAACGGCUCCAUCUACCUCAACCUACGCUACUACGAAGCUUGGUAUGACCCCCAAGUGCAGCAAGGGCAGUUGCACGACGCCCUAAUCAGCACCUAUCACACGCUAGCGCACGAGGUGGCGCACAAUCUCGUCAAACCGCACAACUCGGAGCACGAGUUCUACUUUUCGAGCAUUUGCGAGGAGUACUUUUUGUAAGUUCUUGGCUCGGUCAGAUUGUCCGUAUCUUCGCCCAAGUGCGCUGACUGAUCAAUGUUCCUCUCGACCGAAAGACGGAUGGCACAGUUGUUGGGCCGAGUCGAGCAAGAGCAGCAAGCUGCCGCACCGCGACGUGAAUAG